AUUACUUGUUGAGAUAUUUAUCCACGAGUCUACACUAGAUACUAGGUGAUCUGACUCCUUAGUAGGUGGAGAUGUUCGCAAUUUACAUGAGCUUUGUAAUUGUAAUGGAGAAGACCGAGUGCAUCUCCUUGGACGCUUUUUCUAAAGACUUCCCUUGCCGUCCUCUUUUAAAUAAUAAAGCUUUAAAUAAUGAAAGAGUUAAAAAGACUAAAGGGUAGCAGAGUAAGAUCUGCAAAUCAAUAUCCUUAUGGCUUCUGGCAGGUAAAUAAGUAAUUGGAGAAAGCCACUCUAAUAGCGAUAAAGAGAUAAGGGAAAUGUGCAAAACUUUGGGACUUUGUAAGUACUACUGCUUAGAGGCAUGAGAUUGGAACAACUGCAUUACAUUAGAGAGUGGAAACGUCAGUAAAUUGGUUUAAUACAAUCCUCAUAAAAGCAUUGACAGGUUUUUUUUUUCUUUUGUAAUUAGGUAAGUGGAUUUUAUACUUAAUAUAGAAAAGUAGCCAGGCAGCAAUAGUUAGUAAAAGUAAGAAAAAGAAACUCAGUUGGAGUGUGGGGAGAUGGGAGCCCAACAGUUCACACAUUUCAGAGCCUCAGAACUUGGUAUUAGGACUGGCAUAAGAAAAGGUGCAUGAAGGGUGAUUUGGUGGCAUCUGUGAUAACUUUUGGACCCAGCUUGUUCACAUCUGGAGGUUAAUCUUAACAAAUAUACUGCCUUUGCAGGAAACUGAACAGGUACCAGGUUGCUUGUUGCAGCACUCUUUGGCCUAAGAAAAGAUUAGAAACUAAGCCCAUUUAGAUUGGUUCUAAAAAGUGUGUGCAACAGUAAUGCGCUCUACCAAAGGAGGAAGAGGAAGCUUUCUAUAGUGGUGACGCUGACACCAAAAAUGUAUAAUUAAAUGGAAAAAGCAAGGUGCUGCACAGUGUAGGGUAAUAAAAAUUUAUCGUUGUGUUUCUAUUGAGAAACUCAGUGUAAGAAACUGGCUGUCUCUGUUGUGAGAGAGAGAGUACUGGAAUACAUAGGGCAAAGGCAAAUACCUUUUUACUUAGCUUUAAAAAUUUAUUUGAACGGUCUAAAAACAAAUAGAGAUGGACAGACAUUCUUAAGUUGUUUUUUAACUGGCUUACUCCCUGAAUGCCCUGAAGCCUAGCUUGGAGCCCAAGAGCCUGAAACUUGAGUCAGACUCAAGUACUUGAGCCCUGUCCACGUGUCCUAGGGUAUGUAUCAGCUGGAGUCAGAAGCUGACUUUUUUCUUUUUUUAAGAUUUUAUUUGAGAGGUAGAGUUGCAGACAGUGAGAGGGAGAGACAGAAAGGGUCUUUGUUUUGUUGGUUCACUCCCCAAAUGGCUGCAACAGCUGGAGCUGCAUCAAUCCAAAGCCAGGAGCCGGGUGCUUCCUCCCAGUCUCCCACGUGGGUGCAGAGGCCCAAGGACUGGGGCCAUCUUCUACUGCCUUUCCCAGGCCACAGCAGAGAGCUGGAGCAGCUGGGACUCGAACCGCCCAUAUGGAUGCCGGCGCCGCAAGCAGGGGAUUAACCGACUGUGCCACGGCACCAGCCCCAUCUGACUUGAACCCUGGCACCUGGGGCCGCUUCCUUGUGCACUCCUGGUCAGAGGGCUUGGAGGCCCCAGGGCUCAGCCUGAGUUCUACGAUGGUACUUUGGCACCAGCAUUAAUGUUGUAGUACUGUGUCAUACUACCUCAGUAGAGGUUGUAACGUGACCAGAUUGUACAUCAAAGAAGUGGAAAGCACGUGUGUCCAGGUCAUAUCCAUGGAGGAGACUUAUAUUUAUAAGAAAUGUGGAAAUAUCUUCAGCUGAGAGUAGAUCUUCGUUCAUCAAAAAAUUAUUACUGGAGAGAAACCUUGUGAAUGUGGGAAAGCUUCUAUUCAGAUGUCACGCAGCAGUCAGCAGAGAAUUUAUAGUGGGGAAAACCCCUUUUCCUGUAAGGUAUGUGGGAAAGGCUUCAGCCACAAAUCAAAUCUCACUGAGCAUGAACAUUUUCAUACUAGAGAGAAGCCUUUUGAGUGUAAUGAAUGUGGGAAAGCCUUUAGCCAAAAGCAGUAUGUCAUUAAACAUCAAAACACCCAUACUGGAGAGAAGCUUUUUGAAUGUAAUGAUUGUGGGAAAUCCUUUAGCCAGAAGGAAAACCUGCUUACCCAUCAGAAAAUUCACACUGGAGAGAAACCUUUUGAGUGUAAAGAUUGUGGGAAAGCUUUUAUUCAGAAGUCCAACCUCAUCAGACACCAGAGAACUCACACGGGAGAAAAGCCUUUUGUAUGUAAGGAGUGUGGGAAAACCUUUAGUGGCAAAUCAAACCUUACUGAGCAUGAGAAAAUUCAUAUUGGAGAGAAACCCUUUAAAUGUAAUGAAUGUGGAACAGCUUUUGGCCAGAAGAAGUACCUCAUAAAACAUCAGAACAUUCACACUGGAGAAAAACCCUAUGAAUGUAAUGAAUGUGGAAAAGCCUUCUCUCAACGAACGUCACUGAUUGUGCAUGUGAGAAUUCAUUCAGGUGAUAAGCCUUAUGAAUGCAAUGUUUGUGGAAAAGCCUUCUCUCAGAGUUCAUCUCUUACUGUACACGUGAGAAGCCACACCGGUGAGAAACCCUAUGGCUGCAAUGAAUGUGGGAAAGCUUUCUCUCAGUUCUCAACCCUUGCUCUGCAUUUGAGAAUCCACACAGGUAAGAAGCCUUAUCAGUGUAGUGAGUGUGGGAAGGCUUUCAGCCAGAAGUCACACCACAUUCGACACCAGAAAAUUCAUACUCAUUAAAAACCCUGUAAAUAUUUUGAAAAUUCACCAGGAAUUUGAAAUACAAAUGAAAUAAACUUUACCAAAUACUGAAAACUUAGGGGACACCAGCAAGUUCAUGCUGAAGAAAAGGACAGUUGUAUGAUAAAAAGCCUGUAUCCAACAACAAAAAAACUACAGCAAACAGCAAAGGUAAUGCUGAAAUUUUAGACACAUUUCCACUAAAAUUGGGAGCAGAAAACAGAUGCCUAUUACUAUUAUCAGCAUAGAUCUGGAGAUCUUCACCAGCAUAAGAAAAUUAAGUUGUAAGAAUUGGAAAGGAAGAGACAAAAGUAGAUAUGAUCACCUACAAAUAAUAUAAAACUUGUGGAAUUGAUUCAGCAGAACAGAAGGAAUCUUCCAGAGAGACCUAUGCAUGUGUUAGAAUUUGGGAUAUGACAGAAAUGGCAUCAGUGGGUAAAGAAAUGAGAUGAUUUUGGAAACUGUUUGGAGAUAACUUGUUCUCCAAAAGGAAAAAAUAACAGAACUAUACACAAAAGUAAAAUCUACAAGGAUUGAAAACAGAAAUAUCUCAAAAGAUGUGGUAAAAUAGUUGUGACAUUAAGAGUAGGGAAACAUUGCUUAUAACAUUCAAAAACACUUAGCAAUUCUACCUGUAUGUAUGCAAAGAAAAUAUGCGCCAGAAUAUUUACUAUGGCUUGAUUUAUCGCAGCCAAAAAUUGGAAAUAACUUAAAUGCUUUUUGGGAAUAGAAAAGAAGAUUCUUGGAAUGGAAUACUGUACAUAUAUUUGUAAAAAUGGAGCAAAUGAGAUUAACAUGCAUUAACAGGAAUAUUCCAGAAAUUGAGGGGAAAAUCAAGUUGCAGAGUGAUGCAUAUAGUACAAUGAGUUUGUAAAUUUGAAUUAAAAUUCUUAACAAAACAGUACUUAACAUUGGUAAUAGAUAUAUAUGUAUAUAUACACACAUACACACACGUGCACACACAUAUGUAUGUAAAUGUUUUUGAAAUUAAUUGGAAGGAUACAGACCUGACAUUGGUCGUCUGUGAAGAGUGGAGAAGGGUAGGGCAUGAAUGUGGGAGGUGGGUGGUUAAAGGGGACUUUGGCUUUUUAUAGAAGCAUCUCCUAAAGAUUUGCAAGUAAGUAUGAAAAUAGUGGCUACUUCUGGAGUGUGGUAUAUGGAUAUCUUGUCUUAUUUUUUGUACUUUUCUGUAUUUUUUAAAUUUCAAAAUUAAUAAGAAUGGGGGUGAGGAUGGGAACACUGUACCUGUAGAAAUCAUGUUAUAAUGAAUUAAUUCCCAAAUACUAAACUUUUUAUAGAAUAUAUUUCUAAAAUUUUAUCAACGAUGUGUGAAUCGACUUGCUCUCUAUGUAAUAUGAAAUUAUCUAUUUUAUUAAAAUUAAAAAUGACAGCAUA